AUGCCGAGGGAGGGUGAGGAGGGAGACCUGGGCGGUCGCAGCUCUGAGUUACCACUGCCCGCAGCCGCCCACAGCCAGGGCCGGAGCGAUGCCCACCCGCCUGCGCUGGUGACGGGCCGGACCGUAGCGGCGCUGGAGCGGCAGAUCUUUGAUUUCCUGGGCUACCAGUGGGCACCCAUCCUGGCUAACUUUUUGCACAUCAUGGCCGUUAUUUUGGGUAUUUUUGGGACCAUCCAGUACAGAUCCAAAUACCUCAUGAUGUACGCGGUGUGGCUGGUGCUGUGGGUCGGCUGGAACGCCUUCAUCAUCUGCUUCUACCUGGAGGUCGGACGCUUGUCACAGGACCGAGACUUCAUCAUGACCUUCAAUACCUCACUGCAUCGCUCGUGGUGGAUGGAGAACGGGCCGGGCUGCCUGGUGACGCCGGUGCUGAACUCCAACCUGGCGCCCGAGGACCAUCACGUCAUCACCGUCAGCGGCUGCCUGCUCGACUACCAGUACAUCGAGGUCGUGAGCAGUGCCACGCAGAUAUUCCUGGCGGUGAGGGCACCUUUCCUCCUCACCCCCAGCUGCGACGCGAGAGCCUUUCCCCUGGUGCCGUCGACAGCGGGCCCAGGGCUGCUGGCUGCUCUGGCUCUGGAAGGUUCUGCCGCGAUCCUGGGCACCAAGACGUUAGCUGCUCGUUCUCCGGGGAAUCUCGCACAGAACAUGCUGGUGUGCUUUACCAUCUCUUGA